AUGGCCGGUGCUAUUGGUAUUGAUUUAGGUACUACUUACUCUUGUGUUGCCCAUUUUACUAACGACAGGGUUGAAAUCAUUGCUAAUGAUCAAGGUAAUAGAACAACCCCAUCUUACGUUGCAUUCACCGAUUCUGAAAGAUUAAUUGGGGAUGCAGCUAAGAAUCAAGCAGCUAUGAAUCCAGUCAAUACUGUUUUCGAUGCUAAGCGUUUGAUUGGUCGUAAAUUUGACGACCCAGAAGUUCAAAAUGAUGUUAAAUUGUUCCCUUAUAAGAUUGUUGAAAAAUCAGGUAAGCCUCAUAUCCAAGUUGAAUUCAAGGGAGAAACUAAGGUUUUCACCCCUGAAGAAAUCAGUUCAAUGGUUUUGGUUAAAAUGAAGGAAACUGCUGAAGGAUACUUGGGUGGGGAAGUUAAGGAUGCGGUUGUUACCGUUCCUGCUUAUUUCAAUGAUUCUCAAAGACAAGCCACUAAAGAUGCUGGUUUGAUUGCUGGUUUGAAUGUCUUGAGAAUUAUUAAUGAACCUACUGCUGCUGCCAUUGCAUAUGGUUUAGAUAAAAGAAGUCAAUCCUCUUCGGAACAAAAUGUUUUGAUUUUCGAUUUAGGUGGUGGUACUUUUGAUGUUUCUCUUUUGGCCAUCGAUGAAGGUAUCUUUGAAGUUAAAGCCACUGCUGGUGAUACUCACUUGGGUGGGGAAGAUUUUGAUCAUAGAUUGGUUAACCACUUUAUCCAAGAAUUUAAGAGAAAGAACAAGAAGGAUAUCAGUGGUAACCAAAGAUCUUUGAGAAGAUUGAGAACCGCUUGUGAACGUGCUAAACGUUCAUUAUCUUCUUCCACUCAAACUUCUAUUGAAAUUGAUUCUCUUUUCGAAGGUAUUGAUUUCUACACCUCAAUCACCAGAGCUAGAUUUGAAGAAUUAUGUCAAGACUUAUUCAGAUCUACUAUGGAUCCUGUUGAAAAAGUCUUGAAGGAUGCUAAAGUUGAUAAAUCUCAAAUUCAUGAAAUUGUCUUGGUUGGUGGUUCAACUAGAAUUCCAAAAAUUCAAAAAUUGGUUUCUGAUUUCUUUAAUGGUAAAGAACCUUGUAAAUCAAUUAACCCCGAUGAAGCUGUUGCUUAUGGUGCUGCUGUCCAAGCUGCCAUCUUGACUGGUGACACUUCUUCCAAGACUCAAGAUUUAUUAUUAUUGGAUGUUGCACCAUUAUCUAUGGGUAUUGAAACUGCUGGUGGUGUUAUGACUAAAUUAAUUCCAAGAAACUCUACUAUUCCAACUAAAAAAUCCGAAACUUUCUCAACUUAUGCUGAUAAUCAACCUGGUGUUUUGAUUCAAGUUUUCGAAGGUGAACGUGCUAGAACUAAAGAUAAUAACUUGUUGGGUAAAUUCGAGUUAUCCGGUAUUCCUCCAGCUCCAAGAGGUGUUCCUCAAAUUGAAGUCACCUUUGAUGUUGAUGCAAAUGGUAUCUUGAAUGUUUCUGCAUUAGAAAAAGGUACUGGUAAAACUCAAAAGAUUACCAUUACUAAUGAUAAAGGUAGAUUAUCUAAAGAAGAUAUCGAAAGAAUGGUUUCUGAAGCUGAAAAAUUCAAAGAAGAAGACGAAAAGGAAGCUGCUAGAAUCCAAGCUAAGAAUACUUUGGAAUCUUAUGCUUAUUCUUUGAAGACUACCAUUAACGAUGGUGAGAUGAAGGAUAAAAUUAAUGAAAAUGAUAAAGAAAAAUUAUCAAAGGCUGUUGAAGAAACUAUUACUUGGUUAGAUGAAUCUCAAGCAGCCUCUACCGAAGAAUAUAAUGAUAGACACAAGGAAUUAGAAAGUAUUGCUAAUCCAAUUAUUAGUGCUGCUUAUUCUGCUGCAGGUGGUGCUCCUGAAGGUGGUGCUCCUCCAGGAGGUCCUAACCCUGGUGGAUUCCCAGGAUCUACUCCAGGUGGUACUGCUGAUGCACCAGGUGGUCCAACCGUGGAAGAAGUUGAUUAG